AUCAACGGUCGUGAAAAUCGAGCAAAGCUCCGUGAGAAAAACGCAGAAAUUCGUCGAACGAAAUUGAUAUCGAGCGUUUAGCUGGAUUAAAGCGGAAAUCAGUGAAAAUUUGUGAUUUUCCAAAGCGCGCGAGUGUGUGUGUGAAAAGUCCGCUUAAGAGCAGCCAGGAAUUCCAGAUCCCCAGCCGAGACAAACUUUGAAGGUAACCACGGAUACUACGCGAGGGCAAUCCGCACGUUGAUGGCUGCCACCAAAAUCAUCGAUGCGCCGCGCAACGGCCACGAGAUGGCUCCACUGAACACACGGGCGAGGGGCGACGGAACCCACGGGGUGACCAUCGUCCUCACCGCCCCCCAGCGCAACUCGGUGCAGUCGGUGGACAUUCCGGGCAAUGAGCCGGAACGCGCCGCCUGGAGCGGCAAGAUGCAGUUCUUCCUCAGCAUCAUCGGCUAUUCGGUGGGCCUCGGCAACAUCUGGCGCUUUCCCUACCUCUGCCAACAGAACGGAGGCGGUGCCUUUCUGAUACCUUUCAUGAUUAUGCUGAUACUGGAGGGCAUACCGCUGUUCCUCAUCGAGCUGGGAAUCGGCCAGAGGAUGAGACUGGGUGCCCUGGGCGUGUGGAAUACCAUCCAUCCCUGGCUGGGUGGCAUCGGUAUCUCGUCGUGCAUAGUGACGCUCUUUGUGGCUCUGUACUACAACGUGAUAAUCACGUGGGUUUUCUUCUACCUCUUCAACAGUUUUCGGUACCCGCUGCCCUGGUCCACCUGUCCAUUGAACGGCACCGUUGAGCUGGAGGAGUGCGCCAAAUCCUCGGAGACGACGUACUUCUGGUACCGCACCACCUUGGAUGCAGCCCCCUCGAUGGACGAGCCCGGCGGCCUCAAGUGGUGGAUCGUGCUCUGCCUGAUGCUGUCCUGGACCAUUGUCUUCUUCAUCGUGAUGAAGGGCAUCCAGAGCUCCGGCAAGGUGGUCUACUUCACCUCGCUGUUCCCCUACAUUGUGCUGACCAUCUUCUUCAUCCGAGGGAUUACGCUGAGAGGAGCCGGUGCCGGAUUGAUGCACAUGUAUACGCCGAAGGUGGAAAAGCUACUGGAACCAACGGUUUGGCUGGAUGCAGCCACGCAGGUCUUCUACUCCUUUGGCCUGGCCUUUGGCUCCCUCAUCGCCUUCGGGAGCUACAACACGCCGAAGAACAACUGCGUGAGGGAUGUGCUCCUGGUGUCCGUGUGCAAUGCAGUCACGGCCAUCUACGCGAGUGUGGUCAUCUUCGCCAUUCUGGGCUUCAAGGCCACCGUCAAUGUGGACCGCUGUAUAGCCAGUAACACGGACAUCCUGGUUAAUAACAAGCUGCUCAACGAUACCCAGAAUUAUGAACAGACCAUGAGUCUGCUGAAUGCCACCGAAAUAACCAGGCUUAAGUUGGCCGAGUGCAGUUUGGCCCACGAACUGGACAAUGCGGCCGAGGGCACUGGCCUGGCCUUCAUCGUGUUCACCCAGGCCAUCGUGGAGCUGCCCGGCGCUCCCUUCUGGGCGGUGCUCUUCUUCACCAUGCUGCUCUCGCUGGGACUGGGCUCGCAGAUCGGCAUCCUGGAGGGCAUGCUGUGCACCCUCUUCGACAUUGACAUUAUCAAGCGGGUUAAGAAACAGCAUGUCACUGGCGUGGUGUGUCUCUUCUGCUUCAUUGUCGGUUUCAUCUUCUGCACAGGUGCCGGCGAGUACUGGCUCAAGAUGUUCGACUCCUUUGCCGGCACCAUUGGCCUCGUGGUGGUGGCUCUGAUGGAGAUGAUAGCCGUGAUCUUUAUCUACGGACACGAGCGCUUCACUGAGGACAUCUACCAGAUGACCGGCUAUCGACCUGGUCGCUACUGGCAGUGGACUUGGCGGUACAUUGGCCCGGCGAUCAUGGUCUGCAUCCUGGUCUCUUCGGUGGUCUUUAUGGUCAUCAGGAAUCCCACUUACGGUGCUUGGAAUGCCGAUUUGGGUAUGAUCGAGCAGAAGAGCUACCCCAACUGGGUGAUGGCCAUCGCCCUGUCCAUGAUCCUGGCCGGCGUCCUGCCCAUGCCCAUCGUGUUCCUCAUGCGUAGCUUCCAGUGCCUCAAGGUGGACCUGGACAUCCACCAGGGAUCGAUCCGCCGCAACGAGACAACCGCCUCCACCAAGGAGAUGAUUGACAAUGACGACGAUGACGAUGAGGACGACGAAAACGACUUCAGCGGUCCUGCGCUGGGUGGUCAUGUGAAGACACAGAGCGAUUUCUCUGACGACGAGGAGGAGGACAAGCCCAUGACCAUGCGGAUGAUGAUGAUGCGACCGACGACGACAACCAAGACAUCGAACGCGCUUAAUGUGCCAACAAGCAGAAAGAACAACUACAAGAAGGAUGCGUACGAUGUCUAAGACAGC